AUGCCUGGUUAUGGCUUCCGGGAGGAUCCUCCCCCUCCCCCGCUCUCCGAGAGCCAGAAAGCUGUCAAGCGCGAUGUUCACACAUGUCUCAGCAACAUCAAGGGCAACGGAGAUUUUGCCAUAUUCCAGGCGGUUGACACUCAUCCAUACCCCGGGCUUCAUUUGAAUGAAGGUGGCAACAUCGGCCUCCCUCUCACAGAGCGUGAUGCCCAAGUCAUCAUUGCAGCAAGUCAUCAAGCCCCGUUCGGAAAAGGAGAACAAACAAUAGUGGACCAUGAUGUGCGAAAAACCAGGGAACUUUCGGCCAACGCUUUCAGCCUCAGAAACCCGGCAUGGCAACUAUUUGUUGAUUCCAUCGUGUCCAAAGUCAGCAUUGGUCUUGGGGUGGAUGCAUCCGGUAAAGGGGUUUCUGCUCAAUUAUACAAGUUGCUGCUCUAUGAUGAGGGUGCACUUUUCAAAGCCCACCAAGAGUAAGAUGGAGAAUGCCAGCCUUGAGAAAAAUCCUAGUGCUAAAUGCUCCAAGUUCCGAGAAAACUCCUGGUAUGUUUGCUACACUCGUCAUCGCUCUACCAUCCAAGCAUGAAGGGGGUGCAGUUAAGGUUACACACGCUGGCCAAUCGAGAGUCUUCGAGACCUCGAAAUUUUCGGAAUACGAAGCAUCGUAUCUCGCAUGGCAUAUAUUCCCAAGCGCCUUCACGAAUCUCUAAGUUCCUACUAAAUCACCUUUCUCGUAGGUUUUCUGAUGUCACCCACGAAAUCCUUCCAGUAGAGUCGGGUUAUCGAUUGGUACACUCACGUACAACCUUGUUCAUGAAACCCUGGACUCAAAAGAGCUUGCAGCAGGCUCAGAUGUCUCUUUAGUCAAAUUGAGAACCAUAUUUGACUCUUGGAAAGCCAGCCUGGAAGAUUCAGCUAAUCGCGCAAUGCCCAUUGCCACCUUAUUUGAGCACCAAUACACAGAUGCCAGUCUACAUUUUGACGGUCUAGAGGGCAAAGACAAGCGUGUGAGUUCUCUCCUACGUCAAGUUUGUGAAGAGUUUGGAUUCUGCAUGUAUCUCGCAAACUUUGAGAAGAAUAUUGAAGGAGGCUGCGAGGAUCAUGACUACGUGGGCAAUAGAGGCGUGCAUGAAAUAGAUGAUCUGAUCGAAGAAAGAACGGAGCUUCUGAAAAUCGUUGACCUUGAUGGAACUCAGGUUGGGAAGAAUUUGAAGUUCGAUGAUGAGUCCCAUUUUGCGGAGCCGUUUAAGGAUUUGGCACCCGAUGGUGAGGACUAUUCUGGACUUACUGGCAAUGAAGGAGUCUCAACGACUCAUUUUUAUCGUCGAACGGUAAGGUGUGAAUUCAAACUCUAAAGCACAAUACUGAACCUCUCGACUUAGGUUGCGAUAAUUAUGCCUCGGCGACACCGCAUCGACUUUUUCCUUGGUAACUCAAACAAGCAGGAUGAACUUUCUUCUAUGUACGGCUCUACAACAGAAACACCGAGCAUCGUCAAAUGGGUGGACCAGAUUUCACAAGAGCUAUCCUGCAACAUUAAUGACGAGAUUACGAAAGAGGAUCUCAAGAAAAUCAGUAAUAUUGUGAUUGGCAAAAUGAAUGAAUGGAAGACCAAGAUUGCAGAAAAUCCAGCUUACCACCGUCAUCCGCCUCGCGCUCCCUAUACCGACGAGAUUCUGAGCCGCAUCUUUACGGCGAUCAUCGAAGAUCUGGACGACAUAGAGCUCUUCACCGCAGCAUUCAAAUUAUGGCCGGGAGUCCCUUCAUCACGUCUUAUGGUCCAACUUGGUGUUGCAAUCGUGCGGUAUAGUGGUACAGACUUCGACGUGUAAGUUUAACUCCAGGAAUUGUGUUAUCAUGUCAUAAUGAAAUGCGUAAAUGAUUCAAGUACUAAUGAUUAUCGAAGGUUAAACUCCUUCUUUUCGAAGUUCACGAAGUUUCAUGAUCGAUUUCUAAUGGUAUACUCCGUCAAAAGUGGAAUCCAGCAAGCAAUAAGAAAAUUGGCAGCUCAUAGCAUUCCCACUUGUCACUGGAUCGACUACGAGGCCGAUCGUGCACUUUCCGACUCGCAGCUUGAGAUUUCGAAAGAUAGAGAGGCUCUUGUGGUUCUUGCAAAGCAUCCACCUAUACUUCCUGGCCCCGCAAAUAUAAACCCUGACCAGUAUAUCUUCAAGAGGUAUAUUUUGUUCCUUUUCCAAGAUUCGCGGUAAAACACGUUCUGAGCUAACUAUCUAUAAGAAUUCUCCCAGCAGUAAAAGCGAACAUAGCGCAUACACCCAUGGUGAUUGCUUUCCUCACUCGGCUACUCAAAGACGACCCCAAAGCAAAUCUUCCUGAGCAGGUCACUCGCAAUAUCUUCCGAGAUGUCAUUUCAGAUCUUGCUGAAAACUUCAGCUUGGGUUCACUGGAGCAGAAACGAGUAAAGCCUAACAAAGGAUUUGUUUCCUACUAUAGCAUGUAUUCUCGCCCAGAGAAGAUUGUGGUCGAAGUAGAUUCUCACAAUAGUGAAAACAUUGCCGUCUUGCUUUGCAGCUGUCUUGAUCUAGGGCUCUUAACAGAGCUAGGCCAAAUAUGCAGAAAGAUUGCGGCUGAAGCACAAACUGUUAACGUCGAUCUUUUCGAAUCGGUCUACAUACCAUUCCUCAAAACACUGUGCGUGAUGCUGAAGGACGGUUCUGCGACACCAGAAACACAGACUCUGUUUCAGUCUGUCCUCAGUACCUACACCCACCGUUGGGUUAAACCUGAGCCAGAACCUCCUACCAAUUGGAUCCGUCCUAGGGUAGCUUGCCGUUGCGGAGACUGCUUAGGUCUGAACAGAUUUCUUCAGAGCCCUAAUGAAGAGGUCGGCAAGUUCCCUAUGGCUGAAAAGCGACGUUUUCAUAUGACCAAUGUACUCCAAAGCGUGGGAGGUUACAAACUCACGACAUUAACUUCCGGCAGCCCUUAUACUCUAGAGGUGACAAAGACGCUGUUCCAGUAUGAGGAAGCUCAUGAGGCAUGGCUUGAUCGAUGCAACACUGCUAAGGAACAAGUUUUGACGAUGGGUCGGAAUUUCCGCGCCUUGCUUGGAGAUAAAUUUGACGCCAUCACAUUACUGAAGUACUGGGACCUGCCUGCCUUAGAACCACAGUCACAAAAUUUGGGUCUUAAUGCUUCGAAUUCUGGGGGAGUGCCUCCUCCCACGAGACUACGAAAGGUUCCGAGUUCUGCUCAAGUUAUUGUGCUAGAUUAA